AGCUUGCACGGAAUUUGUAAUUAAGAAUGAAACUUUUCUUGUUAUUGCCGCGGGUAAUUAUUUGUAUGUGCUCAAAUGGAUAAUGGGAGCGUUCAGCCUAUUAUCACCUGUCAGACCUAUACAAUUGACGUAUGGAGCACGAGAUGUGAAGUCGUUUAAAGUGAAUGGUCAAAUAUUCAUUGCAAUUGCAAACUAUGAAGAUGGAAAGAAACCCAACAUUUUGAAGUGGAAUGGAAAUGAGUUUGUCCCAUACCAGUCACUUUUUACUACUAAAGCCAUUGCCUGCCAUCCAUUUGUGAUGUACGGUGAAACCUUCCUGGGUGUAGUCGAUGCUUCUGGAAAGUCAUUUGUGUAUCGGGCCAUUGGAUCAAGGUUCUUCAAGUUUCAAGAAAUUUCAACUCAGUGGGCUCAUGGUAUGACGUCAUUUGUGCACGGUGGUCACACCUACCUCGUUGUUGCAAAAACUAUAAGCACGGUAUUCAAGUUUAAAUAAAUGUUACCU